GCUACAGUCAGGAAUUAUUGGAGCCACCUAGCAUCGCGGUUGCUACGGCGUAUUCCCCACUCCUGCUCUGCUCUCUCGUCUCCGUCAGCACCAUGACUGGACUAUCAUUGGGAGCUAAAUUUGGUGGUCAGGGUGGGUGAUCAUAUUUCCCAGUCUGUGUGCACACGAUACUGUCCCAGUUACUCGAGCGAUGUCCUAUCUCGCACACCCAGAAGGUCCCUGACACCCUCACAACUCUACAAAACUUCCACAUUUUCAAUUUGACACAGUAAAUCGUAGAUUUUGUAUAGUUGUUUUUUUUCCUCUUGUAACUCGUUGUGAGAUUUUUUUUGCGGGCCUGUUUGGAGGAAGACCCGGCCGCUCGCAGCUGCUUGAGCCGCCAUGUUUCUGGCCUUAGUGGUGACGCCAGAGCUGAGAGAGUUUCUGGCCCGGGCAAGAGGGGGAGCGGUGCGCCUCAUUAAAGUGCGCAUACAAGACGAGCAGCUGGUGCUGGGAGCCUACAGGGAACCAGAGCAGAGCUGGGACCAGGACUACGACCACUUCCUGCUACCUCUGCUGGACCGACAAGAGCCCUGCUAUGUGCUUUACCGUUUGGACUCCCAAAAUGCGCUUGGCUUUGAGUGGCUCUUUCUUUCCUGGUCGCCUGAUCAGUCGCCUGUCAAAGACAAGAUGGUGUACGCUGCAACUCGUGCUACCGUGAAGAAAGAGUUUGGUGGUGGCCAUGUCAAGUAUGAAAUGUUUGGCACAAUGGAGGAGGACGUCUGCUUGUCAGGCUACCAGCGUCAUGUGUCGUCGUUUUCAGGUCCCGCCCCGCUCACGCAAGCUGAGCAAGAACUGCAGAGGAUCAAGCUCACUGAGGGCCAAGUCAAACAGGUGACAUCUGAGAACAGCGUGGAUAGUAAGCAGCAAAACCUUCAAGGCCUGGCUUUCCCAAUGCAGGAGACGGCCAGACAAGCACUCCAGCAGCUUGCGCAGCAGCAGAUUAACUAUAUACAGCUGAAACUGGACGUGGAGAAGGAGACCAUCGAGCUGGUUCAUUGCCACCCGACGGACACCCGGGACUUGCCUUGCAGGGUUCCCAAAAACACGCCGAGAUAUCACUUCUUCCUCUACAAACACUUGCACGAGGGCGACUACCUCGAAUCCAUUGUGUUCAUCUACUCCAUGCCGGGAUACAGCUGUAGUGUUAAGGAGAGAAUGCUCUACUCCAGCUGCAAGAGUCGACUCCUGGAGGAGGCGGAGAGAGAUUAUCAACUCCAGGUCGCUAAAAAGUUGGAAAUUGACGAUGGAGACGAUCUGACAGAGGAGUUUCUGUACGAAGAGGUCCAUCCCAAGCAGCAUGCCUUCAAGCAGGCCUUUGCCAAGCCGCGUGGCCCCGCAGGCAAGAGGGGACACAGGCGUCUCAUUAAGGCCCCCGACGAGGUCAUAUAGGAUGGCUAGAAGCGGUUUCACUGAGGUGUUUUUCCAGUACCGCCACCUUGUAAAAAAUACUGACACCUCUGCAGGCCUGCAAAUAAGAGCUUUUGUGAUAUAUUGGCUGGUCUCUUUCUAUGUAUGCAGUUCAGAAUAAUAUCAGGGUGUUUAAAAAUAGAGGACAAAGCUAAGAUCCUUGUGGUGGUUUUGAUUUUUAUACCAAUAAAUGAAAUGGGAACACUGCAGUCAACUUGCUACGUUCACACCAAUGUUAUAGCGAUAACAAGUAGUAUCGGAAGAAGCCACGAUAUGGCACUAAAAUUGUCGAGUCCUAACAAAUUACACAUCAAUGCCAUUAAUGUUACCAUAAAACCGCUAGCGUUAACUGGUGGUAAAAGCGAACAUCUUGGUGGCUGAUUUCAGUUCUUUUUUUUUUUUUUUUUUUUACACCUGCUUGUAAACACUCAAGUUGAUCUGAUAGCGGAGGUGAGAGGAUCAAGUGAGGCAAAGCAAUCAACUUUGGCUUACAGAUAAGGAUGAUGGAAGCAACCUUUUCUCUUCAGGUAAGGUAUUUAAGGCUCACUGCAAAAAAAUAAAAAGCUAUUAUGUAUAUAUAUUUUUUUCCAAACGGCGAGGUAUCGGUACAGCAUUGGCCGGCCAUGUAUCAGAAUUGGUAUUUAGUGCCAAAAAAACAAAUCAUACAGUGUGGAGCAGAGAUAUUUACACCACUUGUGAUUUUGCAAGUUCACCCACUUAGAAAAUAGGUAGAGGUCUGAAAUUUCAAUCAUAGAUGCAUUUCCAUAAUAGAUUCCAUUUUCAUAAUCUAGAAAAACUCACAUUGUAUGAUUUUUUAAAAUAAUUUAUUUGUAAUUUACUGGGGUUCAUAAGUAUUUGCACCCAUGAGAACCAGCAAUAAUUAUGACACUCCAAGAGUUGUCAGUCUACCUUUAAAAAGUCCACAUUUACCCCCAUGAGUAACCACCCACCCACAACCUGUGUGAGGUCUUUAUUGUCACCUGUGCACCCCACAGGCAGUCAUAAUCCAACUGCUAUCAUGGGCAAGACCAGAGAGCUUUCAAAAGACACCAGGGGGAAAAUUGCUGAGCUCCACAAAGCUGGAAAAGGCUAUGGGACAAUUGGAAAGAAGCUUUGUGAGCAUAAAUUAACAGUUGCAGCAAUUGUUCAAAAAUGGAAAAGGCUAAACAUGAUUGAUAAUCUACCUCGGAUGGGGGCUCCACGUAAAAUCUCUCCUCGUGGGGCAUCGCUCAUGAUGAGAAAAGUGCAGGAGCUGGUCAAUCACCUGAACUGUCAGUAGAACACUACGGUGCAAUGUUUUAAACUCACGCCUCCUCAGAAGGUUCCCUGUUGAAGCCAGUACAUGUGAAAGCCCAUCUGAAGUUUGCAAGGGACCAUCUGAAUGAUACAGAGGGGUCAUGUGAGAAAAUCAUGUGGUCAGAUGAGACCAAAGUAGAACUUUUUGGUGCAAACUUUACUGGUUGUGUGUGUAGGAAAAAAAAGAGUGUGAACAAUCUCUCGAACACCAUCCCCACUGUGAAGUACGUGGGUGGAAAUCUCAUGCUUUGGGGCUGCUUUUCAAUAAAGGGGACAGGACGACUGUACUGUAUAUAGACCCUACCCACCGACGUCACAAAACCACGUGCUCGCUGUAUGGUUCCGCCCACUUGUCCGUCAUUUUGUCUCUGUAUUAGCAUUGGUUUCAAUUGAUCGAGGAAUUUAAAAUGCAUUUCAUGAAAGACCCGGUGCUUUCUGAUGCCGUAAACUCACUGGAUGUGUUGCAUAAAAGGCAUUAUGUGGAAAAGCUUCGUUCUAUACAGUCGCCAGAUCCAUAUUUGAUGCCCAAAUCAAUGUUUUUCGACCUACUGUCUUCGCCCUGUCUGCCUGACAUCUGCUACGCUGAUAUUUACAAUUAUCUUGUCCACACAAAAUCAGCCUAUUCUCACGAAAAUUUGAAAAACUUCAAGAGCUUGGAGGCUUAUAAAUACUUCGUUGCUGGUUGGGUGAAACAGGUCCUCGUCCACGAAAAUUCGGCAGGAAUCUAUCUUGUGCUUGGAAAGGUGAGUUACGAAAUUUCCAAUUCAAAAUCUUUUGUUAUUGCUAACAUCCACUGUCAAGUCUAAUGUAUUUCAUGUCGUUUGUCAAUGGAGUUAAGGCUUUUAAUGUUUAUAUGGUUUAGCGAUAGCACUCUCACUACAUACAUACGUGUAUGUUGUCGGCGAUUAGCCUAGCAAUGAUCUUAAUUGUGGUUAUUUGUCAGCCCAAAACCCUCUAAGUAUAUCUUAAAUGCAUCUUACCGGAUAUAAAAUGACUACUCCAUAGCCUGUGGUGAUUUUUUUGGCUCCCAGUUUUCACGUCGAAUUGCAGCCGUCCAUUUCGCUCUCCUCUUUGGAUCCCUCGGAAUACGGUAAAACUUCAAGUCUCUCCUUCCAUCUUCUCUGUUAGUGCAACCAACAGCCGCACACGCCUUCACCAUUUUGAUUAUUAAUGUUAAGGAGCAGAAAAACACUCCGUAAAUAGGAGGAAUGUACGUAGCCGUAACAGGUUAACACUAUGUUUUGACAGACAAUUGGGCGGUACCAUUCAGGAGAGCGGAGUUGUGACGUCACGUGGGUAGGGUCUAUAGCAGGGGAUGAAUGGUGAAAGGUAUCAUUGUAUUUUGAGCCACAACCUCCUUCCCUCAGUCAGAGACUUGAAGAUGAGUCGUGGCUGGAUCUUCCAAUAUGACAGUGAUCCGAAACAGACAGCCCUGUUUCCAUAUGUGAAAACCUAGUGAAGAUCUACAGAAAGCGUCUGACCUCUGUAAAUGCAAACAAAGGCUGCUGCACUAAAUAUUAGCAUUGAUUUUCUCAAGGGAUACAAAUAGUUAUGAAGCCCAGUAAAUUACAAAUAAAUUAUUGAAAAAAUCAUACAAUGUGAAGUUUCGGAUUUUUUUUUUUUUUUUUUAAGAUUAUGUUUCUAUAAGUGGAAAUGCAUCUAUAAUUAAAAUUUCAGACCUAAGUGGAUGAACUUGCAAAAUCACAAAGGGUGCAAAUACUUCUGCUCCUAACUAUCAAAAUAAGACUAGUUCAUACAGAAUAGAUCUGAUUUCUUUGGCCAUUUGUGACAGGUAUUUUGUAUUUUCAAGCAGUUUGAACAGUCCAAUUAUGUUUUUGUUUUGUUUUUUCCCAAAAACCUUCCUGUGCUCAUGAUACAAAUUGGACAUAUAGGCCUAUCUGACACCUCUGUGACCUAUACAUCAAGAGGUGAAAAACAUCAUCACUGUUUGAUCAAACAAACAGCUAACUAAAGUGCAUAAAAUAUUUCCAUUUUACUUACUACAGUGUACAUGCAGCAGGUUAAAAAAACGUUGGCUCCGAUAGCAUUAAAUCCUGAAAACUGAUCCUCAAUAUUCCCACAAUAGCGCGACGGUGGAAACCUUCCGAUGGGACCGUAUUUAUUUCUGUAAUGACUGACACGUGAGCAUACCUAGUCGCAUUAGUUUUUGCUGUGUGUGCUAUACAAAAACAAUAUUUAAAAAAUGGAAAUUAGCUUUGUGAGCGUAGCAAAAUGUAAUUUCAUCUUCAUUAAAAGAUACAAAAGAAUUAAAAACUUGUCAGUUUUGCUCAUCUGUGAUUCCUUACACUAAUAGAAGACUACAGGAGAGGUGCAAGGAAUGAAGUGAUAAUGAAGUGCCAUCAAAAAAUGUUGCUGUGUUAAAACUACAAAGAGGAAUUGUAAAAUGAAUAUUACACUGUUCAGAAAUGUACGUUUACAAUGCAUUUUGCUUUUUCGGCGAAUCGCUAUAAAAAUAUUCAGCUUUAUCAGCACCGCACUGCUUUACAUGCUGUGAACCAACCUUCAGCACCUAUAACAUGCUAUUGCGGCCUAAAGAAACAUUUCCUCAUUUCUUGAAGACACGUCUGAUUGUCGAAAAAACUCACAUGCUAAAAAAAAGAGUACAUUUGUCCAAAGAAUAUUGUGACUAUCAACAGAAAAAUAGAUUGGCAUGCAGACCUUCUAGGCUGUAGAAACUGCACAGCUUGCUAGACAACAUCCAAAUACUGUGAGGCAAGUUCAGCAAGAGUAAAAGCACAUCUUGACACUGUUGUUUGGUCCAUUUAUGACCUACCAAGAAUUAUUAUCCAAUUAAAUAGGUCAGUCUUGUGCUUCUGAGCAAAUAUCCUUGAAAUUGGUGUUUCAACAAAACUAUAGUUAUGAAGUGGCCUGCUCUAUUCCCAGAUCUGAAUCCGAUGCAGAACUAAGCAGAUGCACCUGGCUUGGAAUACCAAUUAGAGUUGAAUCGGUGCAACACAGAUGAUGAAAAGCAGCUCACAGACAUAUAGGAGAAAGUAAAUAUUAGUUCAGAGAUGCACGUGGAAGCAAACUUUUCAACAGUUUUCCAUUCAAACGUUAAGUGUCAUUUUUUAACAGCCUUAGAUAAAGAUUUAUUCAAAAGCACAAUAUCAUGCGAUCCAGAUAAACAAGAUGAAUUGCAGGAAUGGCAAGCCCAAUUCAUAUUGUAAAUCUGAUGGUGUACUAGCAGAGUGACAGUAAUAUUGUUGUUUCCCAGCUGAAACCACAUAACACAUGUGAAUAGUGGGAUACCUUAUAUUCAAUUUUCUUCACUUGUUGUAAAAAAAACACGAUAGUACAUUUUUCACAUUUUCUUCAUUGUUUAUCCAAGCAGUGCUCCCAAUGCAUUCAAGGACAUAUUUUUAAACCCUCUGCUAUCAUUCUGAAUACAACUGUCUGUGCAAACCAGUUCGGAAGUGAUAAUGUGAAGCUAAUGUGUUUCUUAUUUUUUCAUUCUGUUAAAGUGUAUCAGAAUAGUUGGGUUGUUUACAGUAUGAUGGAAUUGCACAAUAAAUCUGCAGUGGAGUUUUAAAGACAUUU